UCAACUUCAACCUAAAGAACUCUGCAAAGAAAAAGAGUUCUAUAAAAAUGAAGACCUUCAAAUUGUUGAUUUUGGUCAUCUUACAGUUGGCCAGUUUUUGUACCUCAACAAGUGCUAGCACUGAGCCUCUAGCAUCCACAUCAGCUGUACCAUUUCAAUUGAUAUCCCCUGCCCAAUACCAAGCUAUUCUCGAACUAAACAAUGGCAAUCCAUUUAUCUCACAAAACAGACUUAUUUCCGGCGGUUCCGAAGUGAUAACAGACAUCAUCAAUAACAUUGUUAAUGGCCUAAUAACCCCCGUCAAUAUAACCGGCUUGGAUCCAAUCAAUAAUUCACUUUUAAAACCUUCCAUCGAUAAGACCCAAGGUUAUCCAUUUUGUACCAUUCAAACAAAUAGAAAUUCCCAUCACUCUCAAAGAAGUUACGAUGCAAUUGUUGAUCCUCCAGGCAGCAAUUUCGGUACAUUUUCCAUCAAUUUCUAUCAUCCGGGAACAGUGAAUAUUGAUAACUAUGAUGAGGACUUGAGCACCGACGAAUUGGAGCCAUCAGACUAUCGUCCGAGUUCAACAAGUCGGCCAGCAGCAACAGCCAACUCCAAUCCUGCAGCAGUCGAUUUGAAUAAAGAUAAACCUAAUAGUUCCUCCGGUGCGCCGGUUAUAAACUGCAUUGUUGUUCUAAAAGAACCAUCACCGCCAGCUACUCCAUCACCAACUACUCCAUUGCCACCAACUCCAACUCCCACACAACGUCCACCUAAACGGCCAUCAUAUUAUCCACAUCAGUACCCAACUACAUUAACCCAUCCUCCUCGCGAUCCACAUUAUUCAAUUGGUCCUUAUCAAAUCAUCCCUAUUCCAUAUCCACCAUUCCUUGGCUUGCUUGGACCGGCAGCAUCAUCAAGUGCUCCAAAUUGGGCCAAUUGGCCAAACACUCCAACAUUCCCACCAUCAAACAAUCCCAAUUCAGCGAUAUCGCCAACAUGGCCAUACUGGCCAUCAGUGAAUUCUCCAUCCGUCGUUGCAGCCUCUCAGGGCAUGAAGGGUCCCGGUCCAUCACAAACUGCUCAACCAACAUGGCCCUACUUGACAACGAUCCCCUCACAAGCUGCAAGCACUCAACAUCAUCAUCAUGUUCCAGCGACAUUACCCUUCAACAUACCAAGUUCUUUCUGGACAGCAAUCAACCCUAAUGCAGCAGCAGAAAAUGCAGUCCCUUUGCCAAGUUAUCCAAAUCCAGCUGCAUGGUAUCGUCCUUCAGCUGCGGGUGCAUUUAAUCCAAAUCAAUUAAUGCAACAACAACAACAACAACAAUACAAUGAGGCAGCUAAUGAGAUUAGGUCUGUCUUGCAUGAUGAUGAAACAGAUCCUGAAGAUAAGGAAAAUCUGGGGGAUGCACUAAUUGAAGAAGGAGUUCAAAAUUCUCGUAAAAUACAAUCACGACGAAUGGGGGAGAAACGAAUUUAA